AACUGGCCCUGGUCAAACUCAUUGGGGGUGAUUCUGGAGUCAACAAUCCAGUACCUGCCACAAAUUCUGCAGAUGCCCAGUUAAAACAAGAGCUCGCAGCAAUAUUCAAGAAAAUUGGUGACAAGCAGACAUGCACCAUUGAUCUCUAUGAGCUUUAUCGCAUCACUCAGCUAUACCCCAAGAUUGAUAUAUUUGCUCAGCUCCAAAAUGCUAGUGAGGCAUUUCAGACUUAUAUUAGAGAUGACUUGGCUCAGAUGGAGAAGAAUGCUGCUGCUGGAAGGACUCCUUCAAGUGUACCGAUGGCUACCCCUCCCCCUGCAUCUCUUAAUGCUUCAUCGCCCGAAUUUGUGCCUCUGUCCCCUGUACAGACCAACUCUUUAAAUGAUUCUAAAUCAUUAAGCACAAAACCUGAACCAACAAACUUUAAUUUGCCACCAUCAUAUGCUGAACACAACCGGGGGUCUGGUAAUGCUAUGAAUACAGCAAGAGUUCGUGCCCCUGAAAAUACAUUGGCAGACCAAAGAAAUGAGAGACUUAUGAGUGGUGUAGCCAGUGGCACGUUGGAUGCAAUCAGAGAAAGGAUGAAGAGUAUGCAGCUAGCAGCAGCUGGUGGGAACAUCGAUGAGUAUGCAAACCGAUCCUUGGUAGCCCUUUCGAGCUUGGGAUUCUUGCCAUUGACAAACCUAUUAAAAUUGAUUUCAGCAACGUUACAAAGGCAUCCAACAUCACAGGAUUCUUGCCAUUCUGUGCUAGUUUUGAAGGAAAUGGAAAAGUAACAUUGAAGAACCAAG